AUGGCGCAGCCCGCGGGCCGCGGCGGGACGAGCCGCGAGCUGCCGGGCAUCAGCACCGUAACCUACGUGUUCGUUUACAGCCCCGGCGGCCCGGCCGGGCCCCCCGGCCCCGGAGCCGAGCCCGCGCCGCACGCCGCGCCCGCCCCGCUGCGCGGGCCCAAGCGGAAGCUGUACAGCGCCGUGCCCGGCCGCAAGUUCAUCGUGGUGAAGAGCUACGCGCCGCAGGGCGAGGGCGAGAUCCAGCUCAACCGCGGAGAAGCCGUCAAGGGGAAGCAGAAGGCACAGGGAAGUGAUUUGGGAUGUGUCUUUUUCCUUGCAGAAACCAGAGAAGACAGAACCAAGCGGCUCUUCCGACAUUAUACUGUGGGCUCUUACGACACCUUCACCUCUCACAGUGACUACAUCAUUGAGGAGAAGACGGCCGUGCUGCAGAAGAGGGAGCAUGAGGGAUUCGGGUUUGUAUUGCGAGGGGCCAAAGCUGAAACCCCGAUCGAGGAGUUCACCCCCACCCCGGCCUUCCCAGCGCUCCAGUACCUGGAAUCAGUGGACGUGGAAGGAGUCGCUUGGAGAGCGGGGCUGCGCACGGGGGACUUUCUGAUCGAGGUGAAUGGUGUGAACGUGGUGAAGGUGGGGCACAAGCAGGUGGUGUCCCUGAUCCGGCAAGGGGGGAACCACCUGGUGAUGAAGGUCGUGUCCGUCAGCCGCAAGCCGGAGUCGGAGGAAGUGGUUCGGAAGAAGGCUCCGCCGCCUCCCAAGAGAGCGCCCAGCACCACCCUGACGCUGCGGUCCAAGUCCAUGACGGCCGAGCUGGAGGAGCUGGCCUCCAUGCGGAGAAGGAAAGGGGAGAAGCUGGAUGAGAUCCUGGCGGCCGCAGAGCCGGCGCUGAGGGCGGAUAUCGUGGAAGCAGAUUCCAGGGCAGCCACUGUGAAACAGAGACCAACCAGCCGGAGGAUCACCCCUGCAGAGAUCAGUUCCCUCUUUGAACGCCAGGGCAUGGCAGCACACUCGGGGGUCCUGGCGGGAGCUGAGAAGCCCCACGUUUCCCUGCGCAAAGGAAUUCCACGGACAAAAUCCGUAGGUGAAGACGAGAAACUUGCUGCUUCUUUGCUCGACGGGAAGUUUCCCCGGAGCACAUCCAUGCAAGACACUGUUAGGGAAGGACAUGGGAUUCCACCGCCACCCCAAACAGCCCCACCCCCGCCUCCUUCUCCAUAUUACUUCGACACAGGCCCCCCUCCAUCCUUCUCGCCACCCCCGCCCCCGGGAAGAGCUUACGACACCAUCAGGUCGAGCUUUAAGCCCAGCCUGGAGGCCAAACUGCACGGCCUCCCGCAGGUCAUCAGCGCGGCCGAGAUGUACGACCAGGCCAGGACGUCCAUCCCUUACCCCGAGCGGCAGAAGAGGGCCCGAUCCAUGAUAAUCCUCCAGGAUUCCUCUCACCUCCCCGUGGAGCCCACGGAGAUCCCCCGGCCCGGCCCGUCCGCCACCCCCCCGGAGAAGCUGAAGCGGAAGGGGAGGGUCAUCGACAACCCCUACGCCAACAUGGGGCAGUUCAACGUGAGCCUGUUCGCGCCCACCAAGCCGCAGAGGAAGAAGAGCCCGCUGGUGAAGCAGCUGCAGGUGGAGGACGCGCAGGAGCGGGCGGCGCUGGCCAUCACCGGCGGCUUCAGCAGGGAGCCCUCGCCCACCCGCCGGGGCCACCGCCUGGGCGGGGUGGAGUACCAGCACCACGCCGGCAUCGCUCAGGUCGAAGCCACGAGCAUCCCCUUUGCCACUGCCAUCGCUGGCGUCAUGAAGGACCGAGACCGUCGCCUGGAUGAGAGGCGGAAAUCCACUGUCUUCCUCUCGGUCGGGGCCAUCGAGGGGACGCCCCCCCCGCCCAGCGAGAUGCCGUCCCUGCAGCAGUCCAGGUCCAUCGAUGAGCGGUUGUUAGGAAGCCGAGAUGUUCUACUGCCUUCCCCCGUCUCAGCUUUAAAGCCAUUAAUUAGCAGCUCAUCCUCAACGUUCAUCCACCCCCUCACGGGAAAGCCCCUGGAUCCGAACUCCCCACUGGCGCUUGCGCUGGCCGCAAGGGAACGGGCCCUGUCCACCCAAGUCCCAUCCCGGUCGCCCACCCCGAUCCACAGCCCCGACUCAGACAGAGCAGCACCCCUGUUCGUGGACAUCCAAACCAAAGAACCAGAGAGGGGCGACUUGGAGAGCUUGGUGUCCCCCGCGUACUCCCCCGGAGGCAAAGGAGUGAUCGGAGCGAUCGGAGCGAUCGGAGCGGACUCUGGGACUUUGGCCCCCGCCAAGAGCCCCUGGGGGACUCCGUCCACACUGAGGAAAGAGACCGAGGCCCAAGCGGAGACCCCGGGGAAGGAGGAGAAGAAACCGGAGGACAAGAAGUCCAUGAUCAUCAGCAUCGUGGACACGUCGCAGCAGAAGACCGCCGGCCUCAUCAUGGUCCACGCCACCAGUAAUGGCCAAGACGAGAUAGGACUUGAGAUAAAAGAGGAGACCCCGGCCGUCCCCGAAGUUUGCACGGAGCCGGCCGAGCCCCCCAAGGCAGAGCCCCAGCCCAGCCCCGUGGGGAAGCCUCCGGUCAGUCCCGCCGCCGACAAGGCGCUGGGCCAGGGGAGCUCGGAGGAGGAGGUGGAGCCCUACACGGUCACGCUCCCGCCGGCCCAGCUGUCCUCGAGCGACGAGGAGACCAGGGAGGAGCUGGCCAAGAUAGGGCUGGUGCCUCCACCGGACGAGUUUGCGAACGGGGUCCUGGUGACCACCCCCGGCACACCCGUGAGCCACCUGGCUACGCCCAGCACGCCAUCCAUACCAGCGGCAGCAGUAGCACCUUCUACCACUGGCGGAACACCCUCAGGGAAGCCCUCCGACGCCCCCGCAGCCCCGGAGUCCGCCGCGGACUCGGGAGUGGAAGAGGUGGACACCAGAAGUUCGAGCGACCAUCACCUGGAGACCACAAGCACCAUCUCCACGGUCUCCAGCAUGUCUACGUUGUCCUCAGAGAGCGGGGAGCCCACCGACACGUACACUUCCUUUGCGGAUGGACAAACUUUUAUACUCGAGAAGCCACCAGUGCCUCCAAAGCCAAAACUCAAGUCCCAGCUCAGCAAGGGGCCAGUUACUUUCAGGGACCCACUUUUGAAGCAGUCUUCGGACAGCGAGCUCAUCUCCCAGCAACAUGCGGCCACGCUGGCGUCCGCCAGCAUCGGCCGGCCACGCUACCUCUUUCAGAGAAGGUCCAAGCUAUGGGGGGACCCCAUGGAGAGCAGGCCCAUCCAUGGGGCUGACGAUGACAAGCCAACUGUGAUCAGUGAGCUAAGUUCCCGACUCCAGCAGCUGAACAAGGAUACACGAUCACUGGGGGAGGAACCGGCCGGGUCCACCUUAGAUCCCGGGAAGAAGUCGCCGGUGGUCGCGGCACGACUUUUCAGUAGUUUAGGAGAACUCAGCACCAUUUCCCAGCGGAGCUCCGGGACCACCUACACAGUCCGACCUGGCAGUCGCUACCCCGUCACCCGCCGCACCCCCAGCCCCGUGAAGCCGGCUCUGGACCGGACAGAGCCCCUCAGCACCGUCCGGCCCUACGGCCUGACCCCCCCCACCAUCCUCAAAUCUUCCAGCCUCUCCAUCCCCCACGAGCCCAAGGAGGUGCGUUUCGUGGUGCGGAGCGUGAGCGCCCGGAGCCGCUCCCCGUCCCCGUCCCCGUCGCCGGGGCCGCCCCUGCACACCCUGCACCCGCCGCGGCCCUUCAUGCAGAAACCCCUCCACCUGUGGAACAAGUACGACGUCGGGGACUGGCUGGAAAGCAUCAACCUGGUGGAGCACCGCGACAAGUUCGAGGACCACGAGAUCGAGGGCACCCACCUGCCCGCCCUCACCAAGGAGGACUUCGUGGAGUUGGGGGUGACCCGCGUGGGGCACCGGAUGAACAUUGAGCGGGCGCUCAAGCAGCUGGUGGACAGCUGACCGUCCCCGGCAGCGCCGGCCUCGCCGGAGCCGCCGCGGGAAGGGGGGGCAUUUCUACCAGGCCAAUAAAACCCACUUGGAUUCUCUUUCUACUCUGAGCACUGCACUGAGGGCGCGGAGCCGAGAGGCUCCCGCCCGCUCCCGCCCCGCCCCGGCGCGCCCGGCCCCGCCUCGCCCCCGGACAAGGAAUGUUGCAUGAAAUUCAUCCUCGUUUCUGUUCUCCCAGAGAGUCUGGCCUGUAAAUCGCUUGAUGUGCCCCUCCCGGGGC